CUGUAACUGCAUGUUUAGGAAUCGUAUGUCGCAGUUUACUCCUCGGCCUACCAUAUUGCCUUCAGCAAUCAAGAUAGCAAUUUUCAUUUUAGAAGAUCAACCACAGACGUUAAUUUAAACGUAGGAAUAAUGCCGGGAGGUGACGGUGAUAAAGCAAAUGACUUGAAGGAACGGAUCAGUGCAUUUGUUGAUGAGAUUAAGAAGAGCAACACAAAUGGAUCCUGUGAUGUAGCCAUAAAGACCAUCAACCUGCUCAUCAGAAUUAUAUCCCAAGCGAAAUUUUCAAAUGCGCGUGAACUGCUGGUCCACGUCAGGGUGGAAGGGAUGCAUAUACAGGCUGCUGACCCAUCGGAGAACAUUAUUGGGAAUAUAAUUAGAAGAGUUCUCAAAAUCAUCCGAGAAGAGUACCGGGAGCUUUUGUUGCAGAAAAAUGAGGAUCAAGUCUCUGCAAUGGAGAGAUUAUCUAUGGCUGAUGUUGAUGAAGGAGAUUAUAGCACACCAUUUCCACAGCUGAAGGCUCGAGUCAUCGAAGCUGUGUCGGAAUUAAAGAUUGAAUUAGAGGGAUGUGUGGAAAAUAUUGCUGCUCUAGCCCCGAACUAUGUAAACGAAAACGAUGUUAUCCUCACCAUUGGAAGGUCCAAGACAGUGGAGGCUUUUCUCAAAAGUGCUGCACACAAACACAUUAAGUUCAGAGUUUAUGUAUCAGAAGGAGCUCCGUUCUACGGUGGUCAUGAGAUGGCCAAAAACUUGGCACAGGCUAAAAUUAACACAACAUUGAUCACUGAAUGCCAGAUUGGCACCAUCAUGCCACUGGUCAACAAGGUCAUCGUUGGCACACACUCUAUCAUGGCGAAUGGAGGGUUGAAAGCUGUCACUGGCACCAACAUCAUGGCUGUCCUGGCAAAGGAACAUAAUAAACAUGUCAUUGUUUGCUCCAGUCUGUACAAGUUGUCGCCCCUGUUCCACAGCACGCCGCAGCAUGCCUCCUUCAACAAAUUUUCAAGUCCUAACGAACUGUUGGAUUAUGAAGAUGCUGAACUGUUGUCCAAGGUGGAAGUGAUAGCUCCCAUCUUUGAUUAUGUGCCUCCAGACCUGGUCUCCAUGGUUGUCACAAACAACGGUGCGCAAUCAGUGACCUAUGUGUAUCGGCUGGUGAAGGAUUUCUAUCAUGCAGACGACGUCGACCUCUGAUACUCCUUGUUCUGGGUCCAAUGGUUAUUGUAACUGUGUUGAAUCUAAUGUGGAGUCGAGCCAGCAAGAUGUAGCAAUGAAAAAGUAGGAAAAAGAGACUACCUCAAGUGUAAGAAUCUCUUUCAUCGGUAGAAAAACCACUGAGGCGUAACUGCUUAGAUGAUGUUAUCGUACUUGAUAUCUAAGAACUCGACAGUACUGUGUUUCAACGAAAGAUAUUCUAUCAUUGCCUGUUGAUGCACUAAUGUAUCGCUGAUGAGCAAGAUUAGACACAGUGUAUUCAGCUUUCUUUUUUUGUUUUGCAUUAAUCGUAAAGCUAGUAUAGUAUUAGUAUAGGCAAUUGAUGGGGGGUUUGGGGGGGGGGGGUGUAGAAUCACUUGUCAUGGAUCAGUCAUUCUAAGGUUUCAGUCUUUGUGAAUCUAAACAUUCAUUUUGUGGUUCUUUUUUAUUUUUCGAUGUCUCUUGCCUGCUAAUGAAGGGAACCAUACUAUGGUUCCACUACGUAUAGAAAGUUUUCAGGAUAGAUACUGAUAGAUUAUGAUGUGAUAUCUAAAUUUUAUUUCUAAACAUCCAAUGUUAUUCUGAAAUAUAAAAAAAAUAAAGGAUGUAAAGAAAGGCAAACUCCUUUUAGAAAUAUUGCGCUCUCCACAUGGACUACAACGUUGGUUUUUGUCAAUUGCUUGGUUUUGUCUUUUCAUGAUACUCUAUUUGUAUCCCUUUAGUGUCAUUGUUUGUACUUUGGUCGCCAUAUAAGGGUAUGGUGUAUCGUCAGCAUCCUUCCACAGGCACAGAAGUUAUUUUGGAAGUUUUGAUAAAAUUACAGAAAAAGACCCCUACUUAAAACUAUGACUUGAGCACUUGUUAUUUUUUCAAUUUCAACUUGGUGAAAAUCGUUGAACGGAACGACCCUGUAUUGUCAGAUGCCCCCGUUGAUGUCUGUAUUUGGAUCACGGCUUUACCUGGAUACCCGUAGAAACUGGUUGGGAAAUUGUGGAAUGACGCUGAUGAUAUAGUGGAAUGGAAUGCAUAGUUUUUGUGUGGAACUCUUUCAAUUGUUGAUGUACAGGACACGGCACACUCAGCUGUAGAUAUGAAAGCUCUAGUUUACCAUGUUAACAAUUUCUUCACUGGUUCAUUUUGUACUUUCAAAUGGUACAUACUUCUUGUGCUGUGAGUCUGGAUGACUGCAAGUGUCAUGAAAAUGUUUAAAAUAAAAAUGAGCUCCAAAGGAUCAGGGCUGUCUCAUGCA